AAUUUCUAUUUUGAGUGGAACAGAGGCAGUGGACUGAAGAAAUUGACAUUUUUAGAUUUACAGGAGAUGUAGAUAAUGAUGUUUACUUGUAUUUUGCCGGACUGUUAAGAAAGCAAUUAAGAAAGGAUGCGCAAGCAUGCUCCGCUAAUGCAGCAUCAGAAUAUUGCUUUGAAUUUAUCUUCUGCAGUCCUGAUGGCCUCUUGGCUGUGCACUAGGAAGAAAUACAAGUCUUGUUUUGAAUGGAGCAAAAGCAUUGAACUGAAAAAGUUGAAUUUCUUAAGGAGGUUUUAAGUGUUUUUAUCCCUUGGAGCUAUUUCUGUGUUCAAUGAAGAUAAACAUCUUCUAUAAAUCCAACUUUGUUCGGUGGCUCAGAGUUGCAUGAGCUUAUGUUCACCUUUACUGCAAAUCGAGGCCUAGUUUUAUUUGUAGGAGAAUUCUGCUGCAAUCGAUGUUCGGAUCGCAAGACAAGAUUUCCAGGUUUUCCACUUCUUCUGCAUGCCUUUGAUCAUGGACCUACAAAGUACUUACAAAGGUUUAGACGGAAAUAGGCCUUUGUAUUAUUUUUGUAGGCAAAUGAUCCACACGAUUGCUUUCUUUUUAAUUUAAAAAAAUUGUGUGACAUCAUUCUUUUGGUUCACCAUCUGAAUAUUUGGUUGAUAUGUCUUCAUUCAAGGAUUUAUAUAUUUUGCUCUGAUUGGAACAUAAUUCAUCUCAACUUGAAAACGCAUUUCUCCUAAAGGAAAUAUCAGAACAUUGAUGUAAUUGGAUACAUUUUAUGACAUGACAUGACGUACAGCAAACUUUUUAAAACUAAAACCUGAGGAAAAAGGAUCAUGGACACGAUGUUUCGUUGGCGUAGCAACACAUGUGGAUGCGAAAAGGACUUAAAUCACAUAAGCAGACAACGGGAAUUUUUGAAAGCACGCCAGGAGCUGCGUAACGACGGUAUUGGACCGAUCCGUAGAGCAUUCACAUGUUCUGUGGCAUCAUUGGCAGCAUUGAGGGGGAAACGACUACGCAAGUAUUCUGAAACAGAUGCCUCUUGCGAGAGACUGUCUGGUUCUAUCAAAUCAGAAGGCAGGUCUAGUCAACUCUACACUAAGGUUCCACUCACGCCGUUAGCUGUAGACGACAAUGAGGACUACAACUUUAAAAGACAAGCUAGUGUGCGGAUCAAAAAGAUGACAUCAUGCCAUGAUGGGUCUAGUCUCUUCCCCAAACUCAACGACUGCGCACAUUUCCACUACGAUCAUGUCGAGCUGGGAGCCGUACAGAUAUCCAUGCAUGAAGAGUCGGACGACCGUACCAUUGUGGAGCAGAACGGGGGUGCAGUCGAUCUCCUGGAUUGCCCGUUCACCCUCAAAAUGCAAAGCCAGGGCAAAGUCUGGCUUCUCAAGCGGUGCUAUGAAGACUUCAGGGUCCUUGACAAGCAGCUACACAAAUGCAUCUACGACAGGCGCUUCAGCCAGUUGGUGGAAUUACCCAAAGGAGAGACCCUCACAGGCAGAGAGGCUGUCAAAACAAUGCUGACCCACUACGUGACUCGGUUCUCACAGAUCGCUGGGGAUAUGAUCAACUGCGGUCCUGUACUCAAUUGGCUUGAGAUUGAUAACAUUGGUUGUCACAUCGAGCUCGAUAACCAUGGCAACCACGUUGUAGCCAGCGAAGAGUCGGCGAUCAACAUUCCAGCCGUGGCGGCAGCACACGUAAUCAAGAGGUACGCCGCGCAGGCACCCGACGAGAUCUCGUUAGAGGUGGGAGACAUGAUCUCGGUGAUCGACAUGCCUCCUCCCGAGGACACGUCGUGGUGGCGCGGCAAGAAUAAGUUUGACGUGGGCUUCUUCCCUCGCCAGUGCGUUGAGAUCAUCAGUGAGAAACUACCCCUGGCAGUCGCAGAGAGGGUACCGAAAGGGCCCAAACCUGAAGUGAUGUCAUUGGAAGCGUCCGGUACUUGGUCACAAACAGGGGGCACCAACACACAAACCACUAUGUUGAGGAAGCAUGGCAAGCUCAUUACAUUCCUUCGUUCAUUCAUCCUUGAGAGACCGACGAGGAGGAGAUUAAAGCAGAGUGGUAUCCUGAAGGAGAGGGUGUUCGGAUGCGAUCUAGGGGAACAUCUUCUAAACACAGGCACUGAUGUUCCCUCUGUGGUCCAAGACUGCUGUCACUUCAUCGAGCAGUAUGGUAUCGUUGACGGCAUCUACCGGUUGUCGGGCGUGGCCUCCAACGUCCAGUACCUUAGGGACCAGUUUGACAGCGAGACCACACCCAACCUCGACGAGUAUAAGAAGGAUAUCCACUGUAUGUCGUCUGUUUGUAAGCUGUACUUCAGGGAGUUGCCCAAUCCUCUGCUCACCUACCAGCUCUAUAAGAAAUUUGAGGAGGCUGCUAUGUCGGGUGAGGAGAAUCGUUUGAUGAAGAUGCACGACACGGUCCAGCAGCUACCACCGCCACACUACCGCACCUUGCAGUUCCUCAUCCGCCAUCUCUCAUACAUGUCAUCGUUCAAGAGUGAGACCAGUAUGAACAUCAAGAACCUUGCCAUCGUGUGGGCACCAAACUUACUCAGGUCAAAGGACAUUGAGACUGGUUCGUGUGCAGCUUUCAUGGAAAUCAAAGUCCAGGCGACCGUCGUAGAGUACCUUGUCAAGCAUUGUGAUCUUAUCUUCAAUGAUAAGCUCUUCCCAGAUGUCCCAGGUGUCAGCCACGAGAUGGCACGCCCCAAGUCCCUGGUGCUGUCCACCCCUACCAAGCUGCUCUCACUGGAAGAGGCCAGGGCAAGAUCAUCAUCCCAGGGAAACGACAGCGCAGACAAGGAUGACAAACCAAAGUUCAUAGAGGUCGGAGGAGGGCCAGCUGCUCUACCCAAGCAGUAUCAUACUGUCAUAGAUCUCCCUCCAGAGAGUCGCAAGCGAUUCUCUGCUUCAAAAGCCAAGAAGUCCCCCGGAUGGAAGGCAUUCUUCUCAAAAUCGACCGGUAAGGAGGUCAAACGCAAGAUGUCACAUGACCCAGCUUCGUUACGGGUACCUCCCUCCAAGCACUUCGGUUCCAGGGCACACCGAACGAGCCUCCGAUCCGUCAAAAGUGCGGAAUCUCUCUCGUCCGCAGAGUCAGCAUCAGAGCUGCAAGGCCAGGAGAAGUACGGCAAUAUUCUUGAUCCCCGAUUUAAGGGUCACAUGCGCCGCAGUUCAGUUGCCUGCAUGGAGAACAACCUGAGGAGAUCAUCCUCGGACUCUUUCUUUGAGGUAGAUGCGGACAUCGUUGCCGCGGCAACCAGGGAGAUGCUUGCAGAGAGGAGAGGCGAGAACCCCUACUCCGGUGACGAGAUCUUUAUCGAGGAGGAGAGUGGUGCGACGUGUCAGCUGGGACGCCGGCGCGGAAGCGGCACGAACAGCCCCUUGUGGAUUGACCAGAGCUUGAGCAGCAUGGAAUCCGAUCAGGCAUCACUGAGGUCACCCUACGGACACCAACCUUCAAUGCAGAUCGGCAGGAAGAUGAGUGCCGAGAACAACUGGCAAGUCGGAAAUGAUGAUAUCCACAUGGCUUGCGAUGUAAACGUGCAUCAUUAUCAUGAGGAGACUCCCCCGCCCUCUCCAACUGAAGCGUCCUCACCUGAGAGGUAUCAGUGCACCAUCGCAGAACCUGUUGCCGUUCCGCAGCGUCACCCGCUGAAGACAUCCAUCGCUAUGCCGGUGGCAGCGGCGUUUACGCCAGAGUAUCGCGACGUGGAGAUGACAGAGAGUGGAUGCUCUUCCACCUCACCAGAUCACACUGGUUCUGUCCUGGAUAAGAUUUCAAGAGCGAUGUCUAUCAAGACGAAAGCCAAGUUAAAACGGGAGUCGAGUACAGAGGCGGAUGAUUACUCGAGUUUAGGCCGGAGUCCCGACACUGGGGUUGAUGAUGUAAUGGAUCGUCCGAUCAUGGUGACGGUACGUACACAGACCUCACCGCACGAUACGUUGGAUGAUAUGGACACGGGGGAAGAGGUACGAAAGUACGACGUCAACUUACAGACGAGUGGGAGUGAUGGUGCUGUAUUCAUGCGUACCCCUGCGCAGCGCCGAUCCAUGAACCUUGACCUCUUCAGCGGGCUUGACGAAGCGCUGUUAGGUACGACGGCGCCCCGACCGAAAUCUAUCCAUGUCUCGUCGCACCUCGGCAGAGGUUCCGAAAGCUACGAUGAUGAUUUUGCAGCUUUCACGACCCGGUUGAGCCUCGACAAUGUCCUUUCAGAGUAUGACCACAUCCUGGCUAAGUACAACAACCGACCACUGACUCCGGAUUUUGAUCGUAACGAUGAUAUGUGUAAAUACGAUGGUAUGUACCCUGGACAGCGUAUAUCGAGUCCGCGUCAUGGGAUCACGCCAGUCACUGCCCUUAACAGUAACUGUAAUAACACCCGGCAGAGGCGGUUACAGCACAGGUACAGCAUGGGUGAUGAAAUGAGAGCCGAACGCUUCAAUAACCGUUACUCGACCGUCCUAACGGAAAACGGCGAGACGCGGAAACGGUUGUCAGCAGGUGCAGUCCUCGACCACCACACCCCCGGGCAGGAAAACGAUGAGGAAGUCGUGGUCGUGAGAUUACGACGCCCUAGACCACCUUCAGCACAGAAGAAACUCUACACCUCACCAGAAAGAUUCUCCAUCAAUUCCCCGGAAUUCCAAGCUUCAUUCGCUGACCAGCAAAACGGCAACACCCCGCCCGAAUCAGCCAGUGACCUUAGAACUUUAAAAAUCGAUGAGGGUCAACGGCCCAUAUCGUCUGUCGAUGCCGUGUAUCAUGUGACCCUGCCGACGAGACCGAACAGUCAACAGAGAGGCAUAUCGAAAAGUUUCUCUUUAGAUUUCCAGUCUUCCAUUCCCGAUGCUAUGACGAGAAUAGGGGAGGGUCUGGGGAGUGGAGAGAUCGGUAACACCGUGAACGAAGCGGAAGCUGGAAGAUCAGGGAUGAUGGUUCAUGAAGAUGAUGUGAGAUUAGAUAACCAGGAUGUAGAUGGAAUGCAGGAGAUAGAUGAUGCAGACUGCUUUGCUUUUCAGACAUCUUCUCAAGACGCAUCCAGUGGAUCGCCUCUCAUAGAUCGCUACCCGAUCAUAAUCAGUGAUGAAUUAGAGCUUUGAUGCUUUAUGAAUAUGCUGAACAUCUUCAUGGCAAUUCAUGGUGCUUGAUCUCAGUAUAUCUUAAGAAAACCGACAUUAAAAAUUAAUUCAGUCCCACCUAAAUACUGUAUAAGCCAAUCCCAAAAUCAAAAACAUGCAGACAUGGUGGCAGAAUGCGUGUGCAAACAUGUACAAAUCAUGAAAAAUUAUGAAACUUGUGAAAAUAUCUGUGACCCUGUGAACAGCAAAAUUAUUUAUAAACAAAAUAAUGGCUCACGCAGUAGGCUGUUCUUAAAAGAGAACCAAAUAGUAUUGUCUUCAAAAAUACUUUGAUUUCAGACUCUAAGAUGCCAAACUUAGAUCAUAUUGUUAAAUCUUUGCCUGGAUGAUGUCUUGUAGUAGGGGAUUUCCCCACCUUGUGCUGGCCCAAGCUGUGCCCUGUUUCACAAAACUUGUUCUCAGUAACAGGUGCCAGAAUUUUGUUACAAAUUCGCUCUCAGCCAAUCAAAUGCAAUGAUUUUAGUAGCUUAUUAAAAUCUUAUCAAAAACUUGGUAUUGAUAACGAGUUUUGUGAAACCAGGCCCUUUAUUCUCUCCCCAUGUAAGUUAAUGUUACAUAAUCAAGAAGAAUAUUGGUCUAUUUAAACAGCAUUACUAAUUGUGCUUAAUCAAGAAUGUUACUCUUUUUUGUGGUGCAAAAUGUUCAUGUUUUCCUACUGUGUAUGUAUUAUGAAGUCUGUAUGUGUAUGUUGUUGUUACAUCUCAGUGUUAAAUAGAUGGAUUUGGGGGUCGAAAAUUAGCUAUUCGCCCACGAAUGUGUAAAUAGAAAUUGACUAAGUAAUUAUUGCCCUGCGUACGAUACAGUGCCAUGCUUCAUUUUGUAAUAAUUGAACAAAUAAUUCAGGUUAAAAGUGCACUGUCUUUGCCUCUUGUAUAUGUUUUGCCUUUGUAGGUUGAUGAUAGUAUUUAAAGCCAGAAUACCUUGCCUUUUUUUGUAUUGUAUCUCUCGCUGAAUUACAUGUAAUUUAUGUAGAGGAUUGAGGCAAUAGAUUGAAAUGCACGAAAGAAAAAUAGAUCGAAGCUAGACGAUACAUGCUUGAACGAAGCAUCUCUAAUUUACUGUCACUUAAAGCCACAAUGUCCUACUGGUAGCUACUUGCUCCCUUUAUAAAGAAAACUUCCUGAUCGGGGCCUGUUGGUCCCCCAUGAUCCUCUUUUUCGUAUGUUAAUUAAGAGCUGAGUUAAUGAGAUAGCCACCUGUCACAGUGACCUCGCUUGGUGGUCUAAUCCCUUCUGGCUGAACUAGUACAGUCAGCCUUUAAGCCCUUUUCCAAUAUAAAAGAUAAUUUUAGUGGCCUCUGAAUAAAGAUGGCUGCUGUAUUUUAAGGGGAUCAUUAAUAACCUUAAAGUGUAUCAAUCGCCUGAAUGAAAUUACUUGCAUACAGCUAGAAUGCAUGAAAUCAACCUCAAGUAAUUUACCUGGCUUUCUUUGGGCUAACGGAUACAGAGUAUGUAGAAAAUAAAGAAAUAACAUCAAACUUAUAGCACGGAAAUGCGGUUCUGUGCGGGCCCUAUUUAAAGCGAGGGCGUGCAGGUGUGUGGAGUUUUCUACUCUCAAGUCACUUUUAUUGAAAUUGUAUUUUAAGUUGCAAAAUCCCUCAAACAGAAGUUGUAUUUGUAGCUCAUAUUUCUGAACAUUGCAACAUAUAACUACUAUCAACAAAAACAAAAUGUUUUUUAGAGAUUGGUACACGUUGAGGUUAACCGAGUUGCCAAUUUGCAUACCUGAGAUCACACAUAACGGUUAUACUGAUUAGUUGCGUGUCGUUAGAAUAAAAACCUUUCCUUGCCCCAUUUUUAACAAGAAAUAGAUACACAGAAUGCAAUAUUUCACUUGCCCAUUGAUGUUAUGUACUUGCACUGGUUAUUGAGUAGGACAGUGCUGUAUAAAAUAGAAUAAAUCUAUACAAAUUGAUUUGAAAGUGAUAUUGAAGUAUUUUAUCCCUAUGGGUCACGGCAUACUGAAGAAACAAAUGAGUUUUAUAAAACGAACAGGAAUUAUCAAAAACUUAAAUGGUUAGGGCCUAAUUUUACUGUAGCUUGGGGUAUUCUAAGGGCUUUUUUUAAGACAAGAUUCCCCAUAUGAAUCCUGUUUAAUAGUACAUGUAAGUGAAAAACAAAACUCCUUUUCAUUGGUGCGAAUGGUGCAUCUCUUUUUCGUGUCUUCAUCAUUAUAAAAGCUAUAGUUCAUUAUAAAAGCUAUAGCUGUACUCCUUCUUUCCCAUAUAAAUUGAUCUUGCCCCCUUCCAGAGUGUUUAACUCUCAUGCAUAUUCAUGAGCCAUGCAAAUUAUUACGUUAAGGUUUACUCUGUGUAGGCCAGCAAUAUACCUUGCCAGAGAAAAUUUAAUUUGUUCCAUCUUUCACAUGCAAUGUAUCCCACCUAUUAGAUAUUAAUAUUCAUAUAUUCAUGUCAUCAAUAUUCAUGUCAUUUAUAUUUUUUAAUUCUCCUAUUUAUUCAUAACUUAGUGGGUGGUUAUUUAUAUUUGACAAUGCCUGUAUGCUACUAUGAUACUACAAGGAUAUUUGAAUGAGAUGUUUUUUUUAUAAGAAUUGCACUGGUAUUUAUUCAUGUAAUGGUUAUAAUUACUCUUAUUGAAAUAUAGAUGAAGCACUUUAUGUCAUAUUUAUGUCAAAAAUGUUAUUUUAAUAACAAUUACAUUCUUACAUUGCAAGGUUUCCCAGUGGCAGAUAGUUGACUUGUCAUAUGACCCAUUGCUGUCAAAUCUACAUUUUGACUCCUCUUGUAUUUUUUGUAAAGCUUUGCCCAACAACGUUUCAAAGAUUAUUGAAAUCCUAUAGACAGCCACUUACGUGCAAUACUGCUUUGCAGCACUACAUGAAGAAAAUUGUGAUAAAGACGUUACAUAUUUAAUGUAUUAAGGAUAUAUUUCAUAUGAAUAUGCCUAUAUUAGUCCAGUUAAUGUAUUUGUAACUCAGUUUUCUGUGGUUUAGAUGGCACUUUUUUUUCUUUUUCUUUUUUUCUCCAUUUUUUGAAAAUUACAUUGUGCAUUAGAAUAGGCCCAAUAAAUUUUGGUGAUAGUAUUUAAGUUUCAGAAAAAAAUCAUUCUCAAUGUUAAAGAUAUAAAAUUAAGCUUAACUUGGGGAUUACCAUCCAAAUAUAACUACCAAGUUGUUUAACCAUUUCUGAUAUAGUUUUCAUGGAAUUUCUUUGAAAUUACUCCUCUAAUAAUCAAAUAAUUUGAAAUAGUUAAUUUGAAUUAUACAGAAAUAUUUGUUGAAAAUUCGAAUUAAUUUUUCCUGUAGGCCUGCUAAAUAGUGUUGUUGAUUUUGAUUUGGCAUUUAGCUCGGGCUGAAAACCAAAAUAUAAAUUUACAUUUUCUCGUACCGGUAUACUUUUACUCUAUUUAUCUCUCACUCAGAACCCGUUUCUCAUCUCAUAUUCUCGACACCAAGAUGCGCCUUAUUAUUUGUUUCAUGUAGUGGAUGAACGUCAAUUCUUUCAUUGUUUUAGUCACUUUGUCUCUGUUUGUAAUGACGGUGGCAAUGGAGUGCCGGUAUUAAUUUCGACAUUAAGGAACGGAGGGCAAAUUCAAACCUUGAAAUCCCUUUGCCAGGUUCUUGGGGUGUUUUUUCUCCCUCUCUUUUCUCUAUUCAUAGCUUCAAGUUUUAAUGUGGGUUUGAAUAGAGUGGGCUAUAACCUUUCUUGCACUGAAGCGACUGAAAUAUUGCCUGCAUAUUGCUUAGAAAUUGCAAUAGUCCUAAAGAAUGUGAAGCUUACAUGUAGAUGUAGAAACAGUCUUCUUUUAAAGUGUACCAAUCACCUUAAAAAAAUAUUUGUUGUACAGGGAGAAUGUAUCAGUUCUUUCUCAAGACUCGAGAAACCUCUUCCUAACAUGUUGUAGGUGGUAAAGAAACUGUGUGAACAAUGAAACAUUGUGUUUGUAGUUAUGAAGACAAAAUUCCACUUACUGAAGGGAACCCACCAUCUCUUUAUAUUGAGCAUGAUUAAUAUCCUAAUGGUUUAAGCCAUACUGUACUAGAAACACUACCGCAAAAUCCCCUCUCAGGUCAGCUGUUGCAGUGUGGUCCCGUAAUUCGCUGCUUCCCUAGCUGCGCUGUUUGCUCACGCAUAGAGUCCUCUGUCUGUGAAGCAGCGGAAAUUAGGCAUUGUGUUACGCACUGUUGGCAAGCCGACCAUGCGAUGGCGCUGUGCAAUAUACAGUACCAGAGCCAUCUAUCUAUACACGGAGUUUGGCCAACUUGUUUUCACUGGGUCACAACAUGGUGUCCAACUCGAACCGGGUUGGCCAAACUCUAUGUGUAGAUGGCUCUGAACAGUACACUAGGGUAGAAAGUUCAUCAGUUCGGUAUCGCUUUAACAACAAAAUAGUAAUUACUAUAUGUCACGUUACAACUGUUAUUCAAGGUCAGGUUAUCAUGAAUGUGCUAUUAUAUUAUCAUGUGACUGAAAUUUUGAUAUACAGAUGAGAAAUUUAUAAACUCUUGCUCUAUUGACUGGGAAAAAAUUGCUAGUGAAAAACAGCAUUUAUGUUGAAAGUAUUUAAGAUAAAUGUUAGUACCGGUAAGCUAAAUUAAAGUGUAAUAACCUGAAUGUAUUCAUAGAAAUUAAAUGUAAUUUAAGUGUCGAAAAAAUGUAAAAUUGCAAGCAUUUGAAUAGUAAGUUGUGGGAAACUUUCAUAGAUAGGGGUGAUUGAGUGGCUAUUUUCUGUUCCAUAAGCUACAAAUGUGCUUUGUUUAAAAGGAAGGUAGAUAUAUUGUAGAAAUUAAUGCCACACAUCAAAUUAUAGCGCUGGACACAUUCCAAAUUACUAAAUGCAUUGAUAAAAGUUGAAUUAGAAUCUUAAUGCAAGGUGCUGCAUUAAAAAAUAUGCCAUAUUCUAGGUUGUAUUAGUGCCAUUUUUUUUUUGGUCUACCUGUAAAUUUUAUACCAUUUUCAAAUAUUUGAAAUAAUCAAAUUAGGCAUACUUUAUUAUGAUACAACUCACUGUUUUCAUGAUUAUGCAAUAUUUUGAUGCUAAUAUCAGAUUUGCUUUGGUGAAAUUAUGAAACUGAUAUCUGUGUAUUGACAUAAGUAGCAAAGAGUAUUUUGUUGAAGAACUGAAUGCGUCGUGUAAAAUAUGAGUAAAAUGUUCAUGUCAUGUUAAUGUGGCUGAUUGGUGUUAUGACAUGUAUGUAGAUGCAAAUAUAUGGACAGUGUAAAUGAUAUGCAAAUUUAUGCAAAAAUUAUCCAUGUUUACCUAAUGAGGGAAUAAAUGAUUUGAAUUGUAUAUGUGGCAGAGCGUGAGAAUAACUGUGAUGUCUGUAUAAUACACAACUGCUAAAUGAAGAAAAAUA